CGAUGACGUACACCCGUCAGCCCCGCCCAUUGUAAACGUAUAGAGAAAAUGACAGAGAUGUGAUUGUUCAAUGGUUCAGUAUUCUUCACAUUAAUAUGAAAAACCCGUUCAGGCACUGUACCUGGAGGAGUUAACAGAUCACCUGGUGCUUGAAAUAUACCUGUAGCAGCGGGAUGACAGCACGAAUAGCAACGACACUCGCGUAUCGUUUUGUUUGAUCCCCUUUUUCUUGGAUAUACUUCAAACCCCUGUGUUGUGUACGGUUGUGCAUGAACAAGAAGGCAUUGCUGGGAAAUGUGUGUCCUGGAAGGGUAUCGUGCGAGUUAGCGAUCCAAACCCUCUCUAGUUUGUGCUAUUGGAAACAGGUACAUCAGUUUGUAGGGACUGUGUAAGGGUUAAAUGGGCGACAAUAGAUGGUAGAGACACACGAUACAAUGGCACCGAUGGGAAUCCGCCUGUCGCCUCUCGGUGUGGCCAUCUUCUGCCUCCUGGGAGUCGGAGUGAUCUACCAUCUGUAUGCUGGAGUCAUCUCCAACCGGGUGGCUGCUUUCAGGCAGGGAAGCAACGUGGAUCUGAGGGAUCUGCUUGCAUUGUCUGUGGAAGCGGCGGUGCAGGGAGGCAAAGAGGUGAAGAAGGUCAGAGAGGAGAACACCCUGGACGAGAGGACAAAGGGCAAGACCAAAGAGGGAGCCAGUGAAUUAAUGACGCUGGGUGACCUCAGGUCCCACAAGAAGAUGUUCUACCUGAUGAAGAACACCUACCCAGCGCUCAAGGUGAACAGCGAGGAGCACGACAGUUCCGUGGGUGAGGACGAGGUCUGGAACAGGGACAUCCCGUCUGACAUCCUGGAGAAGGUCCCCGAGGGGCAUGAGGUUCCUGCUCACACGGUCACCGUGUGGAUCGACCCCCUGGACGCCACACAGGAGUACACCGAGAACCUGUCCCAGUACGUCACCACCAUGGUGUGUGUGGCGGUGGACGGUAAACCGGUCAUUGGAGUCAUACAUAAGCCCUUCACCGGAGACACCGCCUGGGCGUUUGUGGGCCAUGGCACCAACGUACGUGCGCGGACCUCCUACAUCAGCAGCUCACCCAAGGUGAUCGUGUCGCGCUCGCACGCAGGGAAGGUGAAGAGCUUCAUUCAGGACGCCUUCGGGAACACCACCACCAUUACACCAGCAGGCGGAGCCGGCUACAAGGUCCUGUCCCUUGUGGAGCCCCUCCCUCAUGACACGGCCGCCACUUCAGACCAGGCUGAUGUCUACAUCCAUGUGACCUUCAUCAAGAAGUGGGACAUCUGCGCUGGCGCCGCCCUGGUAGAAGCUCUGGGGGGCAAGAUGACUACGCUCAAGGGGGAAGUCAUCGACUACAGCGGCAGCGAGGGAAACAGCGGUGGCCUGGUGGCCACCGUUGGCCUGGACCACAAGGCUCUCCUGGAGAAGCUGCCAAACUGGGUCCCCGAGAAGCACUGAUGUACCCGGAAGCCGUGAGCCGAGACAUUUAAACGCAUCUCAUCGUUGUACAAAGACACACAAAAGAAACCGGACCUGUUAAGUAGCGUAGUGGCUACGGUAGCAAUAUGGAGCACAACCAUGCCAGAAACCAUCAGAGACACAGGGACGUCCUCGUAAACCAGCUCGCUAAAUCAGAUUUCACCUGACAUCGGGAUUACGGGGAAACGUGAAACACAUUGUUGCCGUUACUCGUCUUUGCGGGUUUGGUUUGAUCCCUGGCCGGGCCUGAAAGGUUGUGUAGCUGGUGUUAUCCCCCUGUCUAGAUAACACUUUCAAUACACACCCUUCCCUAUAAACCCAUCUCUAUGUCAUAUCCUCGUAUUUCCGGUCAUUCGCGUUUUCUUGGCAGACAUGAUACUGAGGAAUACCUUGCUUGAAGCUAUUUGAAACCAGAAAAAUGCAUCAAAGCAAGAAUAAACAAUGGCAUUGUUCCGUUCUACAUUGAGUUUAGAUCAUGAUCAUGCAUGAUUCUUUUACAUGUGAUUAUAAAAAGUGUUCAUGUCAAUGUAUGGUCCUAGCAACGGGCAAUUUCACUGGUUUUAUCUACCAACUGUCCUACUGCUCCUGGUAAAAUGGAACUUAUUCACCUAGCGGCCAGCUUGUCAUCUUGGUCCCUUCCCUAUCAAUAUGGUCACUAGGUGAAUAAGGCCAAAUGGUCACUGCCUGUUAAAUUUAUGAUUCUACAUGCAAGUACUUAAGUGCUUAACUUCAAAAUGUAUUGAAUGACGCAAGAAUUGUUAGUUGUUAAAGGGUGUUCGCCUCUGCUUUUUUAUAAUGUAAGCGAAUAACUGCUUUAUGUUAGAAAAAAGCUGGUGAUGGUUUCUGUUUAAUAAUCCAUCUCAUGAGUCGUAAUGGCCCACUGCAAUCAACCUAGUUCUGAAGACUUAAGCCAUCUUGCUACUGAUUAACAUCAUAUGCCCUGUUUUCUGUACAUUAUUUGUGUUGCAAAAUGGGUCUGGAGAUGGAAGUCCAUAAGCUAGCAAGGAGGACUGCUAGCUGAUAUGGUUGAUAUCCGGUGGUCCGAUUCAGUAUAGAUAACACAGUAGUUAUCUAUACUAUAUAAUAAAAAGUUGUUUCUGUCUGGAUUUGCUAAUUUAGUACAAACAAAUAAGCACAAAUUAGAUGUACAGUUGUUUCUGUGAAAAAAACUAAGUAUCGAAAGGCGAUAACUCAAAAACAUGGUACGACUUUUACUUUGUAAAACUAGUUUUUGUAGAAUUUUCCUCUGCUGUUAAUGUUCUGUGUUUUUGACCCAAGUUUUUCUUACGAGUGCCUUUUGUACAAGCAUGGAGAGACCUAGGCCUGAAGUCCAGAGUGCUUGUGGAGUACGGGUCAGAAGGUCUGGCUACAGCUCUUCACCCGCUCUGUGAUUUUAUAUUGGGACGCGUGAGGGAUGUUGUGUUAACCCUUGUCUCUUGCGCUGUACUCGGUCACAUCCUCGUUGGUCUCACCUGGGGGUCAUUGGCUUUAACGGUGACCCAGUGUGGUUGAUGAGCCAUGCCCCAGCUCGUCUAAAAUGACCCCCCCCCCCCCCCCCCCCCCUCCUGAUCCACGGACAUCACCAUUUUCAUGCUGUGUGCUAUCCUGGGUCGCUAGUGUAUGGAGGAACCAGGGCCUGUGGAGUGUCUGUGGCCCACCUGGAUGGACGCACACACACUCGGGAGGAUCUUCGUCUCGAUGGCUUCCUUCCUCUGGGCUUUUCAUUCAUUUCCGUCUGGAACUCCAGGCUCGAUUGGAUCGGUACCAUGACCUGCCUGUGAGUGUUGUCACGGCGAUGGAGUGUGUGGAACUUGGAACUGCUCCUCCAAAUGGACCUUCCUUCUUCUGUGAUCAUGACUUUUCGAUUCCAGACACGGUACUGGUGUUAUAUUGUGGAAUUGUGUGAUAACGAGUGAUGAAACGCAUUUAUUUUGUGUGAGUGUAAUGCGUGAUCAAAAAUCUGUAUGAAAUAUUUUAUUCCAUUUAUAAACAAUUACAUGGAGA